UUGAUGUUGAAGAGUACACGCGACAGUUUCACGAAGCUCAACGUGUCCCACGAAGAACAUACUGUUUACAUUUAAAGUUUUUAAAAAGCGUUCGACGACGAGCCUGUUGACAAGUUAAUGAGAAGCAAGGAUAUCAUUAUUCAUAAAGAAUCAAUAUCGGCCUCAAAAAUUUAAAUGGAAAAUGCGAGUACCAGCUGAAGUCUUUAUUUCUAACUGCUGUGAUAUAAACUGAAGGAAAUUAUCUCACAAAUAUGCACUCACAAAUCGUGACAAUAAAAUGUUUCUCUUCAUAAAAAGAAAAGACGAUGAUUGUUUAGCGAAUGUACAUUUAACGACAAAAAUUAUCGAAAUCGAAAAAAAAGACAACGAAGAUUGAGGAGAAUGAUCCCGACCGCCAUAUUUGUGCCAUCGUAUGAAAGUAUUAUUAUAACGAUGGUUUUGAUCUUUGCGCUGCUGGCAAAUGGCGUUUUGUUUUUUUUGUUUUUAAGGGAUCACAGAAUGAGAACAACGACAAACUUUUUUGUCAUCAGUCACAUCGUGUCAGAAUUUUUCUCUAGCUUUCAAGGUCUAGGGAUAUCAAUAUACGUCCUAGCACAGGGUGGCUUAGCAUCGUUCGUACUUGAGAAAUGCAUUUUCAUUGGCUGCGAGAAUGUGUUCUUUUUCAACACCAGUUUUCUAAGCCUUACAGCGAUCGCUGUAAACAGAUAUCUAGCGGUGGUAAAAAAAGUGCAUCAUAAAAUCACAGCUAGAAAGGAAAAAUCGGAAGCGACCUCCGAGAGUCGUUUUCUCGCAUGGCUCGUGUACUGUCAGGAAUCUCCGGGGAUAUUCAACGACAUCGAUGAAACACGUGCUUCGGUCGUGUUAACAAUAGUAAUUAACACACUUGUGAUAGGUGUACCCAUAUUGAUCCUAUUGCUUUGCUUCUACAGUAUCUUGAAAUCUGCUUUAAGUAAUCGUCGACAGGUGAAUGUCAGUUUCAAUCUACAUCAUUUUGCCGCUGACGCGUAUGCGAGAUCAGCUUUCACGACUCUUCUCAUUAUAACUGUUUAUCUGAUUUGUAACGCUUUUGUUUUGCCGUUGAUCAUUUGUCCAUCGAUAGCCGAAAGUAAACUGAACUCUUUUUUCUUUCGUUUCUUUAUCUGGCUUCGUUCUGCAACAUAUCCUUUGGUUUAUAUAUUUAGAAAUCCAGUGUAUUUUCGCCUUUUAAGGAGAAGAGUGUUUCGCGUUUAUGAAUACGCCUCACAGUCUUGUCCUUGCAGCUUAAUUGGCGAACGAACAUCACAUAUGAAGCCAAAAUCACCGGUGCCCAAAGUGAACGGACGAAUUGUGCUCAAAUCAAACAAGAAUUCUGGUACUGUGUCCCAGGGCUCUCAUCGGCAAAGUCCCGCCCCAGUGUCGAAGCAAAUAAGAGUUUUUUAUUUGGCUAAAUCUAAGACGGCAUUUACAGAUCUGGGUUCUGUAGAAGUAAGAAGAUGGAAGGUUGUUGAACACAACCAAACCACGAGAAAAUAACGGUAACAAUACCGCUGGGGAUAUAGUCAAAUCUUUCCUAUAAAACAAGUCUUUCAAACUGUUUUGUGGGACUUUUUGUUUAUUUAUUUACUUAUAUUUAUUUACAAGACUUUACCUUGUCACAACAGAUAAAUGGCAUGGACUCAAACACAGCCAAAAAUGCAAUUAUUGUGGAUCUUUUACAAGGGCGCACCGAGCGUGGAGGUGGGGUGUGGGUAGGGAUGUAACAGCCGAAUUGUUGGAAAAUGAUGUCUUAAUUUUUACAAGAUAGACGGUACUAGUUUUUCGAACAAAAUUAUUAAUCAGUUGGUAAUUUUUUAAUUCAUGCUAUCAAGAAAA